AUGCGAGCACCGGCAGCUGGCAGGAGGAGGAGCAAGCUCGCGCCAGUCGCGUCACGCUUGUUCGUCUUUUGUACGCCGUCGAUGACAGUGACCAAGCGGAAGCAUGCUUCUCGCACGAAUGAGGAGCAGCCGAAAGUUGCCGACUCUGGCAUCCAGUACACCUGCGAUGCCUGUUCUGCCGAUAUAUCCCACACUGUCCGCAUACGAUGUGCUCACAUGCAGCCUGCACCUCCAUUGAGCGGCGGGUCAUCACCUGGCAAGUCGACAAAGGCGAAAGGAAAGGACAAGCAAGAGAACCUGGUGCCGACUUGUGAAGACUUUGAUCUGUGUGGGAGUUGUUUCUGCUCAGGCGCAGAAGUAGCCAGGCACAAGCGAUGGCACGACUAUCGCAUCGUCGAACAACAUGCCACACCCAUCUUUGUCGAGGAUUGGGGAGCAGACGAAGAGCUACUCCUCAUUGACGCUGCUCAGACCUACGGCAUCGGCAACUGGUCAUCCAUUGCAGAUCACAUCGGCUCUUACAGAACAGUAUCAGAAGUCAGACAACACUAUUUGGACACUUAUAUUAAUUCACCCAAGUAUCCACUUCCCGUCGUCUCUAGCGGUCUCAAAGCUUGGCAAGCCCGUAUCAAAGCGAGCACGAAUGCGGAAGACUCGUUCCAGUCGAGAAAAAGGAGGAGGUUGGAAGAAGCGCAGAAGAGGGGACCCGAGCCGCCAAUGCCCAAACCACUUGCCAGUGGACCGAGCUGCCAUGAAGUAGGCGGCUUCAUGCCAGGGCGUCUUGAAUUCGAACAUGAAUGGGAGAACGAUGCAGAGACGCUAAUCAAAGAUAUGGAAUUCGGUCUCGUCAUGAAAUAUGGAGGCGAUUCUCAGCCGACCCGUCUGCCGAACGACCCCGACCCUGCCGAAGAGCCAGAAGUACAAGCAGAAGCGGAGCAGAAAGAGAAAGAUCGCAAGGAACAGCAAAAAGCGAGACCUCAAGCUGUCAAGUCUUCCCGCACGGCCGUCAAUGGCGUGGCGACAAAAUCGGUACCGGAAUCAGCCGAGAACGAGGCCAGCCAGCCUGCUGAAGCCGAUACGAGUCUGAAAGAAGAAGACAAGACGGAGGAUGAGCCGCUGAGGAUGGAGGACGACGAUGACCUGGAGCUCAAGCUGGCUAUCUUAGACAUGUACAACGAGCGCUACGACAGGCGACUUGACCUCAAAAGCUUCGUGCUCGAUCGAAAUCUGAUAGACUACAGGAAAAUCACUGCAUGGGAGAAGAAGAAGACGAAAGAAGAGAGAGAUAUGAUCAAUCGCGUCAAAGUCUUUGCUCGUGUCUCUACGCCCGAAGAUCACCAAGCUUUCCUCGAAGGCUUGCUCUACGAGUCCGCGCUGCUGAAGAGGAUAGCAGAGCUGCAGGAGUAUCGAAGAUCGGGUAUCGUCACCUUUGCAGAAGCCGAAAGAUUCGACAAGGAUAAGGCUGCUCGCAUAUCAGCAAGCAAGACGCCGAUACAGUACCGUGAUGCUGCCCUCAUGCUCGAUCGCGCCGCCGCUCGCCAGAAGCCUCACGCGAGGCAGAACGGCUUCACAGAUGGCAAGGAAGGCACUGCUCGUCGUACGACAGGUUCCAUCACUUUGGCCAAUUCUACUUCGCUUCAGCUUCUGUCCGCCGAGGAACAACAAUUCUGCGCCUCGCUCAGGAUCCUGCCUCGACCUUUCCUCCUCGUCAAGCAAGCACUCGCGCAAGCGUGGAUAAGCCGAGGUGGCAAGCUCUCGUUGGGCGAAGCACAGGCUCUCCUGCCGAGGAUUGGGCUGGAUAAGCUUGAGAGGAUCUGGCAGUACGUCCUGACGCCAGCUCAAAGCUCGACAGUCACGACAGAGAGAGUCGAUGCUGUCGUGGCAGAAGACGAGAAGCCUAGCUUGAAUGAUGUUUUUGUGGCGCGCGUCGGUGAAGCAACGCCUGGCAACGACUUCAAGUCGAUCGCUAGCAACAGGCUUGGGCUCAGCAGUCAAGAGACUCAGCCCAUCAUGAGCUUCCGGCUCCUGCACCUCGUCAGGCCGUUCAUGUCGGUCCUGCCAGAAAUAUCAUCACCCGAUAGAAAAGUACCGUUCAAUCAGAAAGUAGGCUGGACGGCAAUCACUCUCUUGAUCUUUCUGGUUUGCAGCCAAAUACCUCUCUAUGGUAUCGUCUCGUCAGACUCGUCAGAUCCUCUCUUCUGGAUGCGACAGAUCCUUGCAUCCAACAGAGGAACUCUCAUGGAACUCGGUAUCUCGCCCAUCGUCACAUCGGGAAUGAUCAUGCAAUUGCUCGCGGGUGCUAACCUCAUCGAGGUCGACUUCUCCCUCAAAGAAGAUCGUGCUCUCUUUGGCGGUGCUCAGAAAUUGUUCGCUUUGCUGAUCUCGUUCGGGCAAGCUAUGGUCUACGUCUUGACGGGCUUGUACGGACAGCCGUCCGAUCUCGGAGCGGGUGUCUGUCUCCUGCUCAUCGUCCAACUCGUCGUCGCCGGUCUCAUCGUCAUCCUGCUCGACGAGCUGCUCCAGAAAGGCUACGGAUUAGGCUCGGGCAUCUCGCUCUUCAUCGCGACCAACAUCUGCGAAAGCAUCGUCUGGAAAGCUUUCUCGCCUACUACUGUCAACACCGGCAGGGGACCCGAGUUUGAGGGCGCAAUGAUUGCUCUCUUCCAUUUGCUGUUCACUUGGAACGACAAGACUCGUGCACUCAAAGAGGCCUUCUACCGUGACAGACUGCCUAACGUCAUGAACAUACUCGCAACCAUCGUCGUUUUCGCUGCGGUCAUCUACCUCCAAGGAUUCAGGAUCGAGAUUCCCGUCAAAUCGCAGAGAUUCAGAGGUCAGAGGGGUACUUAUCCCGUCAAGCUGUUCUACACGAGCAACAUGCCCAUCAUGCUCGAAUCGGCUCUCACGAGCAACGUCUUCAUCGUGUCUCAGAUGCUCUUCAAUCGCUUCCCCACCAAUCUGCUCGUUCGACUUCUCGGCGUCUGGGAGCCUCUCGAAGACUCUUCGCAGCUAUCGGCCGUGUCGGGUAUCGCCUACUAUAUGUCGUCGCCUCACAACAUCAAGGCAGCCCUUAUCGAUCCUAUCCAUACGGUCAUCUACAUCGCUUUCAUGCUCACCGCUUGCGCACUCUUCUCAAAGACCUGGAUAGAAGUUUCCGGUUCAGGUCCGAGAGACGUCGCUCGUCAGCUCAAGGAUCAACAGAUGGUCAUGGCCGGUCACAGAGAAGGCAGCAUGUACAAGGAGCUCAAGAGGGUCAUCCCGACUGCGGCUGCUUUCGGUGGUGCAACAAUUGGCGCUCUUUCGGUUGCGGCGGAUAUGAUGGGUGCACUCGGAUCGGGCACAGGUAUUUUGCUUGCCGUAACGAGCAUCUACAGCUACUACGAGAUCGCUGUGAAGGAAGGUUCGGGAGCAGAGAUGGCAGGGCUCGGCGAACUCAUGUGAUGCUACUCCAAUGCAAACAAUCAAAAUGCAUGGACGCUGCGUCGAGUACUAGCAUGGUGCGACAAGU